AUUCAACUAAUUAAGUCAGUAAAUAUUAUUUUAUUUACGUGCAAAAAUCUUAAUGUGCACGAUAUAAAAAUGGAAUAAUACGAAAACUCUUCUCUUUACCUUUUUUUAUAUUAUUUUUUUGGAAAUUUUCCUUUUUUAAGUGCUUUUCACAUCUCUUUGAGUUGGGUCUAUUCUGAUGGGUGGGUGGGUCAAACCGGAGAUAAAGAGUUCACCGUCAACGCCGAGAAUGUUCGUCCUUUGAUCCCCAAAUGUUUCGUAAACUCUCUUCUUCUUCUCUCUUCCGUUCAACAAUCUUACCAAUUUCAACAAAACCCAUCUUCAAAUCGCCCCUUUAUCCUCAAAAUCUCCGUCGUCGGCUCCUCUGUUCCUCCUUAAAAAUGUCAGAUUUACCUAAAUCCCUCUCUGUUUCAUCAGCAACCAAGCCCGAGUUGCUUCGAUCACUCGAAUCCCAUCUGGGUUCUUGCUUCAGCACCGAUCCGAUAACCCCUCCACCAAACCCACUUAUCAUUGUGAUAAGUGGAGCAAGCGGAGUUGGUAAAGACGCGGUCAUCAACAAGCUUCGACAAGUUCGUGAAAGUCUCCAUUUUGUCGUCACAGCUACGAGCCGUCCGAUGAGGCCUGGAGAAAUCCACGGUAAAGAUUACUUCUUUGUCUCGAAAGAUGAGUUUUUGUCAAUGGUUGAGAAAGAUGAGCUUCUUGAGCACGCACUCGUGUACGGAGAUUACAAAGGGAUUCCUAAGAAGCAGAUUCAAGAGUUCAUGGGUAAAGGGUACGACAUUGUUUUGAGAGUUGAUAUCCAAGGAGCUAAGACGUUGAGGAAGAUUCUUGGGAGCUCUGCUGUGUUUGUUUUCAUUGUUGCUGAGAGUGAGGUUGCGAUGGUUGAGAGGUUGAUUGAUCGGAGAACAGAGAGUCAUGAGGAGUUGCUUGUUAGAGUUGCUACGGCGAGAGAAGAGAUUAGGCAUAUUAAGGAUUUUGAUUAUGUGGUUGUGAAUGCCAAAGGGAAGCUUGAAGAUUCGGUUAAGCGUGUGGAAUCUAUUAUGGAUGCUGAGAAGUCUAAGGUUCAUCAGAGGAUUGUUAGAAUUUGAUGGUUUCUCUCAUUUGUUUUCUAAGCUACUUGUGUUUGCUUUGAAAGCAAGCCCCAUUUUACUCAGUUUGACAUUUAUAUCUUGGGAAUGUCCAAUGUGAAAUUGAAAGUCCUUGGUUCAUCUA